ACAAGCUCGAGUUACAUGAAGCGAGUUGGAACUGAUAGUAAUACUACUUUUAAUCCUUCAAGGUUCUUUCUUGAUAGCCAACCCAUCACAUUUAUUAAGGACGACCAGCAACAACCCAUGGAGGUGGAGAGUUUGUCUAGGAACCCAAACUCCGGCAGCUUCGGUGUCUCUCCCACGCUGGGUGAGCUCUUGAAGCGAGUCGGUGAUGUUCAAAAUGGUAACGAGACUCCGAACCACCAGGUGCUUGAGAUGACCGACGGUGGUCUUGGCCUUGAGCCCAGAUCCCUUCCUCUUCCUUUCGUUCUUUCCUUCAGUAAUCUCACUUACAGCAUCAAGAAUCGCCGGAAAAUGAGGUUUCCAAAUUGUUUUGGUCGGACGAGGAGUAAGCUUGGAGCGGCGGGUGAUCCAGUACUAGAGAGUGACAACAACAAUUACUCCUCCAACGCCAAGAUUAUCUUGAACGACAUCUCCGGCGAAGCGAGGGAUGGAGAGAUAUUAGCGGUUCUUGGAGCUAGUGGGUCAGGGAAAUCGACGUUGAUCGAUGCUCUGGCUAAUCGGAUGGCUAAGGGGAGUUUGAAAGGCUCCAUCACAUUGAACGGCGAACCUUUAGAGUCUCGGCUUCUUAAGGUGAUCUCUGCUUACGUCAUGCAAGAUGACUUGCUAUUCCCCAUGUUGACGGUGGAGGAGACGCUCAUGUUCUCCGCCGAGUUCAGGCUACCUCGCUCUCUUUCCAAGUCUAAGAAGAAAGCUAGGGUUCAAGCUCUCAUCGAUCAGCUUGGUCUGAGGAACGCUGCGAAGACUGUGAUCGGCGAUGAAGGUCACAGAGGUGUUUCCGGCGGAGAACGCCGCCGUGUUUCGAUCGGAACCGACAUUAUUCACGAUCCCAUCAUUUUGUUCCUGGACGAACCCACUUCGGGUUUGGAUUCCACGAGUGCGUUUAUGGUGGUAAAGGUACUCCAGCGGAUCGCUCAGAGCGGGAGUAUUGUUAUCAUGUCCAUACAUCAGCCAAGCUACAGAAUCAUUGGCUUGCUUGACCGCAUGAUCUUCCUAUCCCGUGGUCAGACUGUAUUCAGGGGCCCACCAUCGACAAUACCCCAAUUCUUCGCCGAAUUCGGACACCCGAUCCCAGAGAAAGAGAACCGGACCGAAUUCGCCCUCGAUUUGAUCCGCGAACUCGAGGUAUCCCCCGGUGGCACAAAGGGUUUAGUCGAAUUCCAAAAAUCAUGGCAAACCGCAAAGCGCCCUGGGAAUCUCGAUUCGCAGCAACAGGACCUAUCCUUGAACGAUGCCAUUAGCGCGAGCAUUUCAAGAGGGAAGCUCGUCUCCGGCACCACCAACGAUUCCAGCUCUACAAAGGUCUCAAGGUUCGUGAAUCCGUUCUGGGCUGAGAUCGCGGUUCUGUCAAAGCGAUCCGUAACGAACACCCGAAGAAUGCCGGAGCUUUUAGGGAUCCGUUUAGGAGCGGUCUUGGUAACCGGGUUCAUCUUAGCUACCAUUUUCUGGCAUCUGGACAAUUCCCCUAAAGGAGUUCAAGAAAGAUUAGGGUUUUUCGCCUUCGCAAUGUCGACUACAUUCUACACCUGCGCAGACGCCCUUCCUGUGUUCUUGCAGGAACGAUACAUCUUCAUGAGAGAAACAGCUUACAACGCUUACCGUCGUUCCUCCUAUGUCUUAUCUAACUCCAUCGUCGUCAUACCAUCGCUGAUUUUCUUGUCGUUCGCUUUCGCGGCGACGACCUUCUGGGCGGUGGGUUUAGCCGGAGGCGUGAAAGGGUUUUUCUUCUAUUUUGGGAUAAUAUUGGCGUCGUUUUGGGCUGGGAGUUCGUUUGUGACAUUCUUAUCGGGAGUGGUGUCACAUGUGAUGCUGGGUUACACAGUGGUUGUAGCCAUAUUAGCUUACUUUCUUCUGUUCAGUGGCUUCUUCAUUAACAGGGAUCGAAUCCCUGACUACUGGUUAUGGUUCCAUUACAUGUCAUUGGUGAAAUACCCAUAUGAGGGAGUGUUGCAGAACGAAUUUCAAGACCCAACAAAGUGUUUCGUUAGAGGAGUCCAGAUGUUUGAUAAUACACCUCUGGAGGUAGCACCGACGGCGACGAAGGUGAUGUUGUUGCAAAGUUUGAGCAGUACGUUGGGGAUAAACAUCACCAGCACCACCUGUGUGACCACUGGAACAGAUAUAUUGAUUAAGCAGGGCGUGACGGACUUAAGUAAGUGGAAUUGCUUGUGGGUAACAAUUGCUUGGGGUUUCUUCUUCAGAAUUCUCUUCUACUUCGCACUGUUGUUGGGAAGCAAGAACAAGAGGAAGUAGAUGAUGAAGACGAUGUCCAUGCAGAACUAUUUGGAGGGAAAAUCCUCUGUUUUUUUUUUUCUAUAUUUUAA